GGGUAUUAGUGGCACUCCGGACUGACGCGCAUGCAUGUAUUGGCGUCAGCGGCUCCCCUGACGGGGGGGCGCACCGGAGCGCAGCAGUCCCAGUGCAGAUCCACCUGGCCGUCACACCGAUGCUCAGUCUCGUUGUCGGUGCGGGUAACCUGUUCACCAUGAGCCACGAGCCCCGCGCGCUCGGCCGCCUCUCCACCGCGCUGCUUCUGCUGCUGCUGCUGCCGCUGCCGCACCGCCCGGGGCGCGUGGUGCAGCCCGCGGCGGCGGCGGCGGCGGCGGCGGCGGAGUACUCCUCCAAAAGCGACCUGGACUACGAGUUCGCGGACUACCGGGGGAAGUGGUGCAUCGACGACCACGGCUUCGUUUACGGCAUCGGAGAGGUUUAUUACCCGAGCCCCGCGGCGUGUCCGUGCACGUGUACCGUCGACGGUCCCGUGUGCCUCCGACCCAAGUGUCCCCGCAUCCACCCCCGGUGCACGCGGAUGGGAUACAAGGAGUGCUGCCCGGUGUGCGAGGCCAUGGCCCGGGUGUGCGUCUACGGGGGCAAAACGUACCGGCUCCUGGAGGAGUUCAGGUUGUCGAGGUGUGAGCGAUGUCGCUGCCAGGCCAACAGAGAGGUGUACUGCAGCAUUUCGGACUGCCCCGCCCCUCACUGUGUCAACCCCACCUACGAACCCAACCACUGCUGCCCCAUCUGUAAGACUGGUCCCAACUGCUUUGCCGGGAACAGGGUGAUCCCGGCGGGGGAACGCGUGAACGUCGACGAGCGGACGGUAUGCUACUGCACCUACCGGGACGGGACGUGGCACACCCAUCCCCACGCCACCUGUGAGCAGCGGCCCGGGCCCAGCCCAACACCCAGCACCCGCACCGAGCCCCCCGGGGACAAGGGAUCCAGGAAAAGGUCCUUUAUUCCCAGACUGGCUGUGAUACCGUGAAGUGAAGUGACAUUUUGCUCUUACAGAUAAACUCUAUCUUUAAAGUGCUUAUAUUCUGCUCAUUUUCAUAAUUGUAUUUAGAGGUUGUGCCAGAAUAGGUUUCAUUUUCAAAAAACACCAUAUCUUUGUUGUACUGCAUACUGCUGCAGCUCCUCUUUUCCCCCUGUGUGUUGAGCUCUCUGUUUUCGCUACAGAGUGAAGCAUCUCACUCCUGUUUUAUCUUUGUUGGGGGUCGCACAUGGGCAGUACCUAGGUAAGGACUACUAGCCAGUCAGAAGCAGAGUAGGAGGGAGCCAUGCUAGCUAGGCGAGCAUUAUGUGUUACAAAGUGAUGCGUGUUCGUCACGAAAGUAAAGGCCGGACUACAACAGAGC